AUGCCUGGCUUCUUUCCUGUCUCAGCAUCGCUUUUGGGCCUUGCGGUUUCGGCAUCGGCCUUGAGCUUCAAUGUACCGACAUCCCCUCCUUCAAAUUCCAGUGGGCAGAUAUCUGCCGCUCCUGUUGGUGUCUCUCUGGAAUUUUUCGCCUUCCCCGCGUACUUCCAAGAAGUUGAUGCAACAACGACAUGUCUGCAGAAUCUGAAAGAUGUGACAGGCACUUGGCCACCUGUGCGAAUUGGAGGAACUACUCAGGAUCGUGCCACAUAUGAUGCAUCCUCCACUGAGGCAGUCACCUACACAGUAGCCAGUUCGGGCGAUGCGCCCGAAACAUUGACUUACGGUCCAUCCUUUGUAUCCCUCGCAGCUACAUACGCCGGCAAGGUUAUUAUUGGACUGAAUCGGCGCUUGGAUGACAUCUCCAACACCAUCUCAGCUGCGCUCCUGGUUCAGAGCAAGAUGAAUAAUGUUUAUUCUAUUGAACUUGGAAACGAGCCAAACUUCUUUACUUCCAGCGACCCCAUUGCAAAUGGUGCAUCCUGGACAGCCGCAGCAGAUGAAUCAUCUCAAGUGAACUGGCAAGAUGCUGUUUGUGGAAAUCUAUCUACAUCCGAUAUCAUUUCGGCAGGUGUCUAUUUCGGUACCUCCCCCAUGAGUCUUGUUGGACUUACUGCAAAGGAAGGCGACGCAAAUGAUUAUGUCAAGGACUACUGCUCUCACAACUAUCCUCAGUCUUCUGGUAGCUAUGACCUUGCCAAACUCAUGGGCCACAGCGAUAUUGCAUCUCAGAUUGAGCCUUUUGCUGCUGAAGUUUCAGCUGCUGCCGACAUGGGCAAGCCGCAUAUUUUUGGCGAGACGAAUUCUGCUACACAAGGCGGAGGUGGUAUCAGCCCAACAUUCGGCGCUGCCCUCUGGAUCCUGGACUAUGUGAUGCAGACCGUGCUCAUGGGCACAGAUGCCCUUUAUUUCCAUCAGGGUACGGUUGGAAACUGCCAAUACUGCUGGUGGGGCCGCUACGAUAUGGGCUCGCCAUACUAUGGAGCUUAUUUCGCCACAAUGGCAUUGGCGAACGCCGACCAGAUUGCGCCUCUGGAUAGCCAAGACACUGCAUAUGCUGCCUACGCCAUUUACAAGUCCGGGGCUCCUGUGAGAGUUCUACUCUACAACUCGGAUUACUAUACAAGUGGCACCCGUUCCUCGCAGACAUACACGUUGUCCGGUCUUACUUCUUCCAGCGUCACUGCUAAGCGAUUGACUGCUCCUUAUGCUACAUCCCGCGUUGACCAGGGUUCAAAUCCGACCGUUGCAGGUCGGACAUUUGCCAAUGGGACUUGUGUCAUUCAAGGUACUGAGACUGUGGAGACUGUCACAGUUUCUGGUGGGAAGGCCGCCUUUACGGUUGCAGCUUCAGAGGCCUUGUUGGUUUAUUUGUGA